GUGUUGGACUUAUGUGAUGCUUUUGGCUUUUAUGGAAGAAAGCUGUAAAAAUGCACUCUGUGGAAUUUCUAACUGCUUGUACUCCUCCAGGUUUUGACAGAUCCACAUGGGAGCCAUGGAAGGAUUGGAAAUGGAACCUCCACAGGUCACCUCUCAGCAUUGAGUGCCACCCUCUCCUGUCAUCUUUGCUUAAACCUGGCAACCCCCCUUCUUGUGAGUAGCUGUGGCCAAGGACUCUCCUCCAUCCUAUCGUCGGUGGACCACAGUGGAAAAGGUUGUGUCCAGGAGGAUGUGCUUUUAAACCCGAGCUGCUGGGAGGUCAAGAGGUGACAUGCCUCUGUGAAACACCACUGGAAACAAAUGCUCUGCUACCAUGCCUCCGGGGAUGGUGCGUCGUCUUUCAGUGUUAGCAGUCCAAACACUGCUGUCUCUCCUGCUGCUAGCCAUUGGCUGGCCCUUCCCCUCAUUACUUAGGGGUGUUGUCCAAGCAUCACACUCCUUCCCCCCGAGUCUUUAUCCCACCUUUGUCCGGAAUGACACUCUGUUCGAGCACUUGGCCCUGCAUCCUGACCCCAGUGUGAGUCGGGUCUAUGUCGGGGCCCGGGAUCACCUGUUCCAGCUGGAUCGAUUCCUCCAACCUGAACUCCAGGAUGACACUGGACCUGUCACAGACAGCCGGGAGUGCUUACCUCCUGUAACUGAGAGCAACUGCCCUCAGGCUAAGGCCACCAGCAACCACAACAAGCUCCUGCUGGUCGACCCUUAUUCAAUGGAGCUUAUUACCUGCGGGAGCGUCAACCAAGGAAUUUGCCAGAAACGUAGUCUGGAUUCUGUGAAUGUGGUACUCUUCUCCACAGAGAGGCCAGUGGAUACUCAAUAUGUCGCAGCUAACCACCCCAAUGUUAGCACGGUGGGACUCGUGGUUCGCUCUCAUCCUGACAGGCAGCCAGUACUGUUUGUGGGGCGGGGUUACACCAGCAGCCACCCACCUAUUUCCACACGAAACCUUGCACAGGACCCCGUCUUUUCUUAUGAGGAGACUGCCAAGUUGGCUGUGGCUGGCCGUCUCUCAGAAUACGACCAUCAUUUUGUUGCAUCUUUCGCCCACCGUCAGCAUGUAUACUUCCUCUUCUACCGGCGGGAUCUAAAGUCACAGUCACGCGAGUAUCGCACCUACAUCUCUCGUGUUUGUUUGGAUGAUCAGGCCUAUUACUCCUACGUGGAAGUACCCUUGACAUGCCGUUCCAGGGCAGGAAAAAUCUACAACCUCUUGCAAGCUGUCCAGCUUGGGCUCACCAAGGAUGGUGUGGUGACCCAAGGCUCAGAAACUCUUCUUGGUGUCUUCUCCACUCGUUUGGCUUCAUCGACUCGGCCCAGCGAGGACUCGGCCCUCUGCAUGUUUAACCUUGAAGAUGUGGACCGCAGGAUUAACUCCACCAGAGACCUGUGCUACACUCAGAUGGGUAAAGAGGCAGGAGUGGAGGCAGCGUACAUCGAGUACGAAGUCAAAUCCAACUGUGCCAACCUGCCAGAGAACACUCUGGACGCCUACCCCUGCGGCUCUGAUCACACCCCCAGCCCAAUGGCCAGCAGGAUGGCGGUAGAGGCAGAGACCAUACUGGACAGCCCGUCAGCCCGUCUCACUGCCGUAGCCGUCAGCGUGAGGGUGGGACAUACAAUCGCCUUCCUGGGAGACUCCAAGGGGAACCUGCACAAGGUGUUCCUUGGACCAAACGGCGAGGUGGAGGAGUACGCCAUCUCCUCCAUUCAGCAGAACGCAGCUAUCAGUUCGGACCUGAUACUGGACCAGAAAGAAGAAAAUCUCUUCAUCAUGACUUAUAACAUGCUGCAGAAAAGGCCGGUGGCUGAAUGCCAGCAGCACCCAGACUGCCUCUCCUGUGUGCUGGCCCACGACCCCUACUGUGGCUGGUGUGUCCUGGAGGGAAGUCUGUGGCUGGAUGUGUCUUUGUCGGUCCCAGGACUUCCAGUGUUGGAGAAAGACGAGUCCUACUCCUGCUUCUUCCAGGACAGCCACAGUCCCGCCGUUGUCACCGAGAGCGGCAUCACUUGCCAUUCUCCUGACCCCAGCCGAGUACCCAUGGUUCCUCCAGGACAGGACUUUGUUACAGUCACCCUGUCUCUCCGUUUUGGCGAUGUCACCGUCACAGCAAGGGAUUUCACCUUCUAUGACUGCACGGCUGUUAAGCAGCUGUCUGGCAGCAUGCCUUGCCGUGGUUGUGUUCUAAGCCGAUGGGGUUGUAACUGGUGUGUUCACCAGCACUUGUGCACCCACAAGCCCACCUGUGAGGAGGGGGUGAUCAUCUACAACCAGCAUUUUAAACUCCCCACCUCAGCUCCUCCCACAACCAAACCUAUUAAAGUCAUCACAACACCCACUACCACAACGGCUGCCCUGACAACCACCACCACCACAACAACAACAACAACAACAACAACAACAACCACCAUGACUACAACAACAGCGGUCCCAGUCACUGUAGCAACCACUCAGGAGCCAACCACUCCUCCUGCACCCACUACUCCACCCACCACCACCACCAGCCCUGAGCCAACCACCCCGCCCACCACCCUGCCCCCUCAGCCUGCCAGCACCUUGCCAUCCACCACGCCAGCACCCACUACACCUCUACUCCCUGAGGUCACCACCAGGGAGGAGGUAGAGACUGAAGCAGCAGAGCUUCUUGUUGACACCGAGGGUGUCGCCACUACACCUAGUGUCAGCAUGGAAGCCAUUGAUUUGGUGCCUGUCACCAUGGCUGAUGGUCUAAGUGGAGAUCUGGACCCUGUGAUGCCUUUGAGCAUCCCACCCCAUGACCCAGACAUCUUCCCGUUGGAGGUGGUGACGGAGUCGCCCCCCAGCGAUGCUCAGGAAGUUGAGGGAGCUUUAAGCCUGGCAGAGCCUCCCACCCCGGCCUCGUCUGGCUUCCCCCUGCCCACGCCCUUCCCUGUGGGCGAACCAGGAGACUCUGAGCCCUCCCUCUACCUUGACCUUACCCAGGCUCCCACUCCAGUGCCAACACAAGACUCCCAGACUGAGGCAGCGAGCCCAGGGACAGACCCUGAGGUGCCCCUCUGGCCAGAAGAAGAAAUAGAUGUCCCAGCUGAGAGUGCCGUCCAGCCAGAAAAUGACACAGCCACAUUUUCAGCUGCCACUGUGUUGUCAGGUGACGGUGAGGUUGACCACGCCCCCCCAUCAUACCCCCACCUGCUGGAUACUGACUCAGAGCUGGACUACCAGUAUGAUCCAGCCGACGCCUUUCUCCCGUACACAUAUUCCGCUCCAGUGGAGGAAUACAAUGCCAUGGUGUAUGUGAAGAGGAGGGACACCUUCCAUGUGGACAGCUCUACUGAUCUAUAUGUCACUCUGUACAACUGCUCUGUGGGCCGCUCUGACUGCAGCCGCUGCCAUACAGCUGACCAAAAGUAUGGGUGUGUGUGGUGUGGUGGCGCUCACGCUAGCUGCUUGUAUUCAGACUCCUGCAGUGAGCCCGUUCAGAAGACAUGCCCCGCCCCCGUCAUCCACUCUAUUGAGCCACUCUCUGGUCUGUUGGAGGGCAGCACCACGGUGACCAUCUCAGGCUCCAACCUGGGCCAGAAGGCUGAAGAUAUCCUGCACUCUGUGUCAGUAGCAGGGGUUCCCUGCACAGUCAUCCCCAGCCUCUACGAGGUUUCCUCCAGGAUUGUGUGCAGGACCAAAGCCAGUGGAGGAGAGAAGGUGGGCCAUGUGUCUGUUGAAGUGAGCGGAGGAGAGUUUGGCCUGUCUAGCCAGACAUUCAGCUACCAGGACCCAUUUGUGAUGGGGGUGUCUCCUGAAAGGGGUCCCAAAGCCGGAGGAACGUCACUGACAAUCACUGGCCGAAACCUGCUGACUGGACGUCCCUCUGACCUCACCAUCACUGUGGGAGGGGUCCCCUGUAGCAUUGUGUCGGAGGUGCAGAGGUCCAGUGUUCAGUGUGUGACGGGCAGCAGUAAUAAGACAGGAGAUCACCGGGUCACCCUGCAUUACGGCAGCAGCCAGCGCCACCUCCAUUCUGCAGCCUACCGCUACACCCACAACCCCAACAUCACCCACGCCACGCCAGCAAAGAGCUUCCUGGAUGGUGGUCGGCUGAUCUUUGUGUCAGGACACAACCUGGACGUGGUUCAGGAGCCCCGGAUGGUGGUGACCGUCUCUCCCUUUGAGUCAAACGGCCAGAUUAAAAGGAAGAAGCGAAGGAGGAGGAGGAGGAGUGGAGAGCAGGGGGAGGACAGGGAGAAGACUUUGGGAAGGCCAGCAAGGAUCGUUCCUGACGCUGUCUGCCCUGGAGACCCACUCUGCUCUGUCAAACAGUUCAUGGAGCGCUGUGAGAUGAACUCCUCUUCCCUGAUCCUGUGUCGCUCUCCCAUGGUGGACUCCUCCAUCUGGGGGUCAAAGGUCACCGUGGAGUUUUUGCUGGACAACCUGCGCUUUGACUUCAGCAAUCUGAACCCCCAGGCCUUCAGCUACGAACCCAACCCUCUCCUGCGGCCCUUAAACCAACAGGACCCUCUGAAGGCCUACCGCUACAACCCCGGCAGCUUCAUCCAGCUGGAGGGGGAAAACCUGGACCUGGCCAUCACUAAGGACGAGGUGGUCGUGUUGGUCGGGGAGGGUGUGUGUGCUGUUAAGACCCUGACCAGAAACCAUCUGUACUGCGAGCCGCCACCUCAGCAGCCCCCACCGGUACCCAAUGGCAAGAAACGUGAGGGCUCCGACAAUCUGCCUGAAUUCACUGUCCAAAUGGGCAACCUGAACUUCUCCCUGGGUAAGGUUCAGUAUGACAACCUCAGCCUGUCCACCUUCCCCCUAGAGGCUCAGAUUGGAGUUGGGGUCGGGGCGUCCAUAGUAGCACUCAUCGUCCUCAUCAUCGUGCUCAUUUACAGGAGAAAGAGUAAGCAAGCUCUGAGAGACUACAAGAAGGUCCAGAUCCAACUGGAGAAUCUGGAAACCAGUGUGAGAGACCGCUGCAAGAAAGAAUUCACAGACCUGAUGACAGAGAUGAUGGACAUGUCCAGCGACCUGGUGGGCUCUGGCAUUCCUUUCCUGGACUAUCGGAUGUACGCCGAGCGCAUCUUCUUCCCUGGCCACCGGGAGUCUCCGCUAAGGCGAGACCUGGACGUUCAGGAGUGUCGGCGGCAGACGGUGGAGCAGGGCCUGGUGCAGCUGUCCAACUUGCUCAACAGCAAACUCUUCCUCACCAAGUUUAUCCACACUCUGGAGAGCCAGCGGACUUUCUCCCCCAGAGACAGGGCCUAUGUGGCCUCCCUGCUGACGGUGGCGCUACACGGCAAACUGGAGUAUUUUACCGACAUCCUCAAAACGCUGCUCAACGACCUGGUGGAGCAGUAUGUGGCCAAGAACCCCAAACUGAUGCUGCGACGAACAGAGACGGUGGUGGAGAAGCUGCUGACCAACUGGAUGUCCAUCUGUCUCUAUGCUUUCCUCAGGGACUCAGCGGGGGAGUCUCUCUACAUGCUGUUCAGGGCCAUAAAGCACCAGGUAGAUAAAGGACCGGUGGACGCUGUGACCGGCAAGGCCAAGUACACCCUCAAUGACAACCGCCUCCUGCGAGAGGACGUGGAGUACAAGACCCUGACUCUGAAUGUUUUGGUGCAGGGUGGAGGGGUGAACGAGACCCAGCCACUGCCUUCUAAAGUACUGGACUGUGACACCAUCACACAGGUAAAAGAGAAGCUGCUGGAUCAGGUGUACAAGGGCACCUCCUUCUCCCACCGCCCCCACGCCGACUCACUAGACCUGGAGUGGCGGUCUGGUGUGGCGGGUCAUCUCAUCCUGUCAGAUGAGGACUUGACGUCUGUGGUUCAGGGCAACUGGAAACGUCUCAACACACUGCAGCACUACAAGGUCCCAGACGGUGCAACAGUAGCGCUGGUCCCUCGUCACACCAAACACAUUCACCAUGACAACCACGACUAUGUGGCAGGAGAGAAGACGCCGAUGCUGGAGGACGCAGACGAAGGCGGAGUGAGGCUGUGGCAUCUGGUGAAAGCCAGCGAGGAGCCUGAGCUGCCCAAACACCGCAGAGGCAGCCUGAGGGAGAGAGAGAGGGCCAAGGCCAUCCCUGAGAUCUAUCUGACCCGCCUGUUGUCAAUGAAGGGGACGCUGCAGAAGUUUGUGGACGAUCUGUUCACAGUGAUCCUCAGCACCAGUCGUCCCGUCCCACUGGCUGUCAAAUACUUCUUUGACCUGCUGGACGACCAGGCAGGACAACACGGCAUCGCCGACCCAGAGACCAUACACAUUUGGAAGACCAACAGUCUGCCUCUGCGUUUCUGGCUCAACAUUGUGAAGAACCCUCAGUUUAUCUUCGACGUCCAGGCGUCAGACCACGUGGACGCAGUGCUCUCUGUCAUUGCCCAGACCUUCAUGGAUUCCUGCACCAUCGCUGAGCACAAGCUGGGACGGGACUCUCCCAUCAACAAGCUGCUGUAUGCCAGAGACAUCCCUCGCUACAAACAGAUGGUAGAAAGGUACUACGCUGACAUCAGGCAGACGAUCUCAGCCAGCGACCAGGAGAUGAACUCUGCUCUGGCUGAGCUGUCCAGGAACUACUCUGGAGAGCUGAACUACCUGGUCGCACUGCACGAGCUGUACAAGUACAUCAACAAAUACUACGACCAGAUCAUCACGGCACUGGAGGAGGACACCACGGCCCAGAAAAUGCAGCUCGGCUACAGACUGCAGCAGAUCGCAGCCGCCGUGGAGAACAAAGUCACCGACUUGUGACAGAGGAAACGCCCAUUAGAGCCGUGGCGAGUGGAGAGUGUUGGGAGCGGGAGGUUAAAUUAAGACACUUUGCACCCUGCAGAUUAAACUAGGAAGCAGGAGAGCGACAGACUAUUCAGGAUUCAGGUUGGCGCUGAAGUUUGGCGGAUAAGGAUGCGUCGGUGACUCUGAGGCCCUGAGCUCUCUGUAGGACAGCACGUGGACACCAGACAAACCUGGACAAAAUCCUGCUGUCCCUCUUUAUGAAAAGACAUUUGGAGGAACGUUUUAUCUCCAGGACUUCAAACUUUUGAGGUUCUACAAAGCAGCUGAUCUGAAGACUGAUAAAAGGGGGACUUUAUAUCAGUGUUUUCCCUCUGGAGUGAAUUUUAUGAAGCGGUACCUCUUAUGCCUUGUGUGCUUGUCGCUGCUGUACGGUCAGAUGUUAUUUCUGUGUGUGUGUGUGCGUGCGUGCGUGCGUGCACAGUUCUCCAUACUGCCCUGGUUGUCCGUCUACAUCUUGUAUUUUCACAUUCCUGGUUUCUAGUAUAGAAGUAGCUUGUUACUAUAUUUUAGAUGUUACAGACAGCAGUAUUCAGAAAACAGAGAGCUCAGCUUCAGGAUUUUUUUAUCU